AUGCGACGCCUGCUGCACACGAAGAACAUCAUGGUGUCAUGCUCUACUCGGAGGGGCGUCUACAUCUCCAUAUUGAACAUCAUUCAGGGCGAUGUCGACCCAACGCAGGUUCACAAGAGCUUGCAGAGGAUCCGUGAGAGGAAGCUGGCCAAGUUUAUUCGCUGGGGGCCAGCGAGUAUUCAAGUUGCUUUGUCCCGGCAGAGCCCAUACCUUCAGCACGCGCACAAGGUGAAUGGCCUCAUGCUGGCAAACCACACCGCCAUCUGCCAGCUCUUCGAUCGUUGCGUGAAGCAGUAUGACAAGCUGAGGUCUCGCAACGCAUUCCUGGAAAACUACAGGCAAGAGUCGCUCUUCGCAGAGAGUCUAGACGAGUUCGACCACGCCAAAGAGGUUGUGGUGUCCUUGAGUGACGAGUACAAGGCGGCAGAGGGCGAG